AGAAUACAAAGGACCUUCCUCUGCCGCCCAAGUGCCUCCUCGAAGUAAAACCAAACACAGGUCAACCAAGGAGUCAAAGACACUGAGAGUUCAACCUGGGCUGACUCCAGUGGAUGUCUGCACCCCUGCAGGGGUGGCAAAGAUGCUGAUUAAAGACAGCAAUAAAAUCAGCUCUAAAGCCCUGAAGGAAGCUAUGUCCUCUGGCUGUAUGGUUGGUCUGCAAAACAAGCAGGUGAAGGAGGCUCUCUUCAUAAAAAGGGUUCAACAAACUGUGAAGGAGGAGCAGGCCAAACACAUUAAAUGGAAAGUUCAUCUGGGCAAGGACCCCAUGCUAGAGCAAACCAGGAGGCAGAUAGUGGAGGAGAGAGAGAUUGCACUACAUGAAUACAUGGUAAAAAGGGGAGAUGUAAGGCAGGAGGAAGACUUUGCUGCUGGACCACCUAAACUGUUCUCCAGAAGGGUGCUUUGUGACGCAGGGCAGGCGCCAGCGGGAGCCCCAUCAUUCCAGUUUUACUCCAGUUUUCAAUGGGAGCUGAAACAAAGAGCCCUCAAACUGUUCCAACAGGCAGCACGCAAGGUUGUGAACCGGUGUCGCAUGAACCGGAGGCUGGCCUGUUUGAAGAAACUGGCAGACAGUAUGAGGAACCCGCCUUCAGCAGACAGAGUUGAGGAGGAGAAGACAUAUGAUCUUGAGAUCGAACCGGACAAAGUUUCUCCAUUCUCUUUCCCCAUUUUCUCUGAUGUACAUGACCCACUGGCUUGCAUUGAUUUGGUUGAGGAGCCUGUGGAUCCUAUUGAAGUGACUGUAAAACCACGUAUUCCUCUCGUCAAGGUUCAGGUUCCUCAGCAAUAUAAGCUCAUGGGCUACCGCCCCGUGUCAACCUGGGAUGCAUUUAACUCUUACAUCCCCACUACUUUGGCUCGACCACUUCGCACUGGACCUCCAGUAACUACUGCUGAAAAUGAGAAAGAGGCUCAAGGAGCAGAGGUGGCACCUGGUCUCACCUUCAGUGCUCCUGAAGGUUUGCUUAGGCCGCCUGCUGCAAACCCACUCAGAAUCUUUAACCCAGUUCCAGGCCUGCAAGCUUACAAAACGACCCCUAAAUACCUGGAUGGUGAUUUGGAGGUCCACCUCUGCCCUCUGCCCAGGUUUACAGUCCCUGAGAGCAGCAUGAGAGGCAUACGGACACAAACAUCACAAACUCAGAGAAAGUUUCUUGACCGCAAGGAAGUGAUCAAAGGGGUCAUGACCUGGAAGGAUUUUGAUUCCAUCACACAGAACUGUCUGUCCACUCAGCCUGCUCUCCCCAAUGACUGUGCACUGCGCAGGUCUGUCGACUACAGCACAGAUAUACUUCCACUCACAGCACCUCCUUUUCUAACUGCUCUUCCUGAUGAUCUGAAACUUCUAACGGACAAGCUGUGUGAAGGCUUAGGAGUCCAACUCACACCGGAGAUGAUCAGAGCAGAGUUCUUGGCUGGAGAAGCUCUGGUUUCCAAUAGCAACCUCACCACAGGAAUGACAGCGAGGCACCAGAGGGAGCAUCAGAUGGAGACGACCUACUGGUCUGAGUUCAACCAGAUGGGAAAAAGAGUGAUGACCAGGCUGAAGCAACUUGGAGUCACUGACGGAUGUUUGCAUUCACCAGAAGAGGACAAUGAAUAGAACGUCCACCGUAUCUGAGUCGCCCAUACAAGCAAGUUUUUGCAGCAGAACUGGUCUCAUGUUGAGUCUGGAUAACGACACCACACCAGUGUUUUUCCUCCAUUUCCAGAACUCCAAAAGCCGCCUGGCAGCAAGCCCCAUCCCCUGACGAGUGAGAGGAGCACAGCAUAGUGAGAUGACUUCAUAAAGGAUGAAGACGUGAAGCUGAGCCCACUGAAGACAUCUUCAGAGGCUCCAACAGAGAUGGCUGCUGUCUUGAAAGACUGACUGAGGAAGUUGCCGCUGUCCAGUUUCAUACUCCAGAUGGACACCUGACAUCACACAAGGAGCUUCAGGACUGUAGAGAAGAAGUAAAACAAGUGUCAGUGUGAAAGAAACACUCCAUGCCAUAAACUAAUAAAGAUUAAAUAAAUCAAUGGUCACAAUCUGUGCCCGUAAGGAGGAUGCACUUGUGUUGGUCAAGCAGCCACGGAGGACAUCACAGGAGGCUCUUGAAGACUUGUAGGACUGAGGAAAUGAAACAACUGUAAGUGGAAGAUUCAUUCCAUGUCAACAUUAUAUAAAUAAAUGAAUUCUACGUCAAA